UGCCUUCUCUCUCUCUGGGUUGCUAAGAGACGAAAACUGUGCACACGCAGAUAAGCGCGGCAUCGGCCAUCGGCCGGCGGUGGUGAACAGACUCGGAGCCGACGAAUGAUGAGCUGGAAAAACAUAAGACUGAACGAAUUAUAUCGGUCUCCGCCUUUCCGAUGUUUUAGGUGAUGAGGCCGACGUGUGCUGUCUGGGGGAUUUUAAAUGUUGUGACUGUGUUUAUUUGUUCUGCGUCUCGCACUCUCCAGUCCAGCGGGAGGCGCUAAACACAUUCGUUUGUUUGACAAACACCAGUAAACCUCAGAGGAAGAAGAUUAGUUUGUCCGCGCUCUCUGUUGUUGUUAUGUCGGCAUGCUGCCUUAAUAAAAACAGUUAGAAAUGUUUCUUUUAAGAGAAAAAUACAGUGUCUUAAUCAGUUCAGAAGGCUAUAUAGGCCUACCUGUAAUAUUUUCAUCUUCACAGUCGUCUAAGUUUUGAAUCAAGCAGGAAUAUCUUGAGUAUCAGCUGAACUGAGAUCUGCUGCUGUGAAAAUGAUGUUUGUUAAAGAGGAGAGAGAAGAGGACACGAGUGAACCAGAAACCUGGAGAAUAAAACCAGAAGAACCAGGAACAUGGGGAAUAAAACCAGAGGAACCAGAAACCGUGAGAAUAAAACCAGAUGAACCAGAAACCGUGAGAAUAAAACAAGAGGAACCAGAAACCUGGAGAAUAAAACCAGAGGAACCAGAAACCUGGAGAAUAAAACCAGAGGAACCAGAAACCUGGAGAAUAAAACCAGAUGAACCAAAAACCUGGAGAAUAAAACAAGAGGAACCAGAAACCGUGAGAAUAAAACCAGAGGAACCAGAAACCUGGAGAAUAAAACACGAGGAACCAGCAACCGUGAGAAUAAAACCAGAGGAACCAGCAACCGUGAGAAUAAAACCAGAGGAACCAGAAACCUGGAGAAUAAAACCAGAGGAACCAGAAACCUGGAGAAUAAAACCAGAGGAACCAGAAACCUGGAGAAUAAAACCAGAGGAACCAGAAACCUGGAGAAUAAAACCAGAGGAACCAGAAACCUGGAGAAUAAAACCAGAGGAACCAGAAACCUGGAGAAUAAAACCAGAGGAACCAGAAAGCGUGAGAAUAAAACCAGAGGAACCAGAAACCUGGAGAAUAAAACCAGAGGAACCAGAAACCGUGAGAAUAAAACCAGAGGAACCAGAAACCUGGAGAAUAAAACAAGAGGAACCAGAAAGAGAGUUAAUUGAAAAAAAAGAUGAGAAUGAAGAAUCAAGUUUAAAACUGCACAAGAGGAUUCACACGGGAGAGAAACCUUACAAGUGUUCACACUGUGACAAGAGAUUCAGUCAGUCAGUAUGUAUAAAAAGACAUGAAAGGAUCCACACUGGAGAGAAACCUUAUAAGUGUUCACACUGUGAUAAGAGAUUCAAUGAGCCAUCAACACAGAAAAGACAUGAAAGGAUCCACACUGGAGAGAAACCUUAUAAGUGUUCACACUGUGACAAGAGAUUCAGUGAUUCAUCAAAUCUUAAAAUGCAUGAGAGGAUUCACACUGGAGAGAAACCUUACAAGUGUGCACACUGUGACAAGAGAUUCAUUGACUCAUCAUCUCUGAAAACGCAUGAGAGGGUUCACACUGGAGAGAAGCCUUACAAGUGUUCACACUGUGACAAGAGAUUCAUUAAAUCAUCAGGUCAGAAAACACAUGAGAGGAUUCACACUGGAGAGAAACCAUAUAAGUGUGCACACCGUGGCAAUAGAUUCAGUGAUUCGUCAAGUCUGAAAGCACAUGCGAGGAUUCACACUGGAGAGAAACCGUACAAGUGUGCACACUGUGAUAAGACAUUCAAAGAUUCAUCAUCUCUGAAAACGCAUGAGAGGAUUCACACUGCAGAGAAACAUUACAAAUGUGCACACUGUGAUAAGAGAUUCAGUGGUUUGACACAUCUGAAAACACAUGAGAGGAUUCACACUGGAGAGAAACCGUACAAGUGUGCACACUGUGAUAAGACAUUCAAAGAUUCAUCAUCUCUGAAAACGCAUGAGAGGGUUCACACUGGAGAGAAACCUUACAAGUGUUCACACUGUGACAAGAGAUUCAUUAAAUCAUCAAGUCAGAAAACACAUGAGAGGAUCCACACUGGAGAGAAACCAUAUAAGUGUGCACACUGUGACAAGAGGUUUAGUGAUUCGUCAAGACUGAAAGCACAUGAGAGGAUCCAUACUGGAGAGAAACCUUACAAGUGUUUACACUGUGACAAGAGAUUCAGUGUGUCAUCAACUCUGAAAACACAUGAGAGGAUUCACACUGGAGAGAAACCUUAUAAGUGUGCACACUGUGACAAGACAUUCAAAGAUUCAUCAUCUCUGAAAACGCAUGAGAGGAUUCACACUGGAGAGAAACCUUACAAAUGUUCACACUGUGACAAGAGAUUCAGUGUGUCAUCAAGUCUGAAAACACAUGAGAGGAUUCACACUGGAGAGAAAACUAAUGAGUGUUCACAGUGUGUCAAGAGAUUCAGUGAUUCAUCAAGUCUCAAAACACUUGAGAGGGUUCAUACUGGAGAGAAACUUUGUGUUCACACUGUGACAGAUUGAGGGACUGAAAACACAUGAGAGGCAUGCAUGAAUUGUUUGACAUCUACAGAUAAGGAUAUGUAAAUGAGAUUUUUGCACUGUAAAAUCAUCUCACAAACAAGCCAUUAUGCUAAUGCUUCAGCUUGAAGCUUCAAAUGACGAUUUAUCAUGUUAUGGGCAUCUUGGAUAACAUACUUUUCCUUCAGGAGGUCAUUCUGUUUCGUCCGAUAUUUGUAGAUGCAUUUUGUCUAUAAAAAUGCUUUUAUUGAGUUCUGUAAUUUGACGCAACAGGAUGAAGUUGGAUGUGCACUGUGGGUAGACUCGACUAAAUAUAAUGAGAAUCGUUAAGGAUUUUCAUCAUCAAUAAUCAUCGAUUUUAUCAAUUAGUUUUUGCAGCCCUAACUGAAACCACACCUACUCUCUUUGCUUGAAAAUUUGAGAGGUUACGCAUAUAUUUCCAUAUAGUGACGUAGACAUGUGGGGGCGUGUUUAAACAAGGUGUUUUGGGGGGGGAGGGGGCUUAACUUUAAUAGAGAAUAUAUCUUUGGAUUUGAGACUUUAGUCUUUGCAACUUUAUAGAUCUUCUUUAUUCACCAAGAGCUUGUAACACUCCAAAGAGAAAGGAAGAAUUUGAAUCGCAUCAUAUGACUCCUUUAAACAUUUGAUAAUCCAUAUGUUUUUCUCCAGUGUACAGCAAUGUAUAGGAAUACCCCCAGAAAAGAAAUAUCUAAAGACAUGGACCCCCUCCCACGCACACCUCUGCAUCUGUGACGGUUAAGAUGCAUAAUUCUGAAUGUGAGGAAUAAUUGUCCGAAGACUUCAUAUCAAACAUUUCCUUAUUCCUAAUAAUGAGGCCAAGAAAAACAUUCACUGAAUGGAGACAUCAGCUAACAUUUGUACUUUGCAUUGACUAGGAUCAAAGACUUGAGGAGUUCAACCCUGUUGAGGAACAGAAGAUCGAUGGUUGGUAAUUUAUCUCUAAACUCUCUAAAUCGUGUCUAGAGAAAUCGAAAAAAAUGUAACACAAGACCGUUGCACCAGUCACACUGAGCCAUGUCAACAGAUACACACAUUGGUUUUAUAUUAACUUUCUAUGUGAACUGAAAGGGAAUGAUGGGUACAGGAAGGAAGUUGAAGGAACAACUGCAAAGAAGGGAAAACGUUUUCCCCCAUCUUCACUCGGUGGGCUUUGAAAACAUGUCUGUGUGUAUUUGUAUUGUCUGGAUCUCAGGAGAUCAAAGUUUUGGAGGUUCUUUCAGCCGUGCACCGUUACUUGUGAUAUGAUUUUCUUCUUUUUAAAAAUGCACCAUUACUAAAAAAUGUGACAUAAUUUCAUCUGUGUGCUCUCUGUGCUCUUUAAUAAACUCAAGUCUUUACAAAUUUUAGCUCUUCCUGAUGAUUUGAUGCUCGUCUUCAUUUGUAAAAACUGAUCAGCAUAAUAAAUGAGGUGAAAACAGGAACUAUUGAAAUGAAAUGGCAGCUCUGGUAAUAUUGAUGAGGGUCAGACCAUCAACACUCAGUCAACAAGACUUUCAGAUCAUCAGCAGUGUUUUAACCUCUUUACUCUGAUGUGAUCACCCUGCUGUCCAUCAGUGAUCAUCCUGCACACCCCAUGACCCAGUAUACCCUGCUGUAAAAACAAAAACAAAGAAAUAAAACAAUAGAAAACACAGAAAUACUAAUAGUUCUACAAAUACCAUUACAAACAUCAUAUUUUAAAGAAUUGUUUUCUCUGGUGUGUUUUGGGAAAUAUUCCAUUAGAGUCUAGUGGUUAUAAGGAUAGAAGGUGACCAGUUACCAGUAGAAACUCAAAGGAUCAAUUACAGUUUCCACUAAAACAAUACAAGUGCCAUUAUAACCAGUAAAACCAUUACAACCAUUGGCAUUUCCAGCAGGUUAGUAUAAGCAUGGAAAUGGUCUGCCUGGAUGCCUAAUCAUUAUUAUAAAAACAUAGCUUGUUUGAUCUACGGUUAAAUUAAUAAAAUUAAAAAAAAGUCUGAGCACAUCAACAAUCCUAUGUAAGAUGAACUCUAUCCAUUAAUGUAAUUUUGGAUUUUUACAUUUCUUCAGCUCUAAAUAAAAAUGACUUUAUCACAGAGUUAUUACUUUGAAUUAGGUCUCACAGCUUCUUGUAAAAUUGGAGGGGAUCAAGCAAAAUCCUCUUUAUUCUCUUCAUCACAGAAUCUGAUGUAAGACAUUGCAAAAAUAGCAAUUUUGAUAUCGAGUUUAAUCCUCAAAAGAAGCUUUUCAGAAACAUAUUCAAAAUAUCUUAUUUUGUGGAUUCACAUUACCUUUCAUUCAACUGUUUGAGUUCCAGGUGGACACAUAACACAAGGAUGUAGUUUUGACAUGCUAAACCUGUUUAAUAUAUUGAAUUUACAAGGCUACAUCUUAUCAUUAUCAUGUGUUUUCAUUGAUCUUAAUUUCCAUAAUUUACAAGCUGCAACUUUGUAAAUUUUGCAAAUUUGCUGUGUGAUUUUCAAUGAAAUAUCUGACUAAUAAAAUUCAUUGUUUUUCACCUCUAUAAUUUUAAGUUCUUUUUAAUGUAUGUGUGCAGACUGGCUUAAAAAAACCUGCCCACCUUAUAGACGCACAAAGUAAUAUCCAUCCUAUUAUUUCCCUCUCACUUAAAGGGCUCUUCAAAGGGAGUAGGGCAUAGGGAUCCUCACUUCCGUUUGGCAUUCGCCCCAAUUGAUGACGUCCUGUGUUUGCUGUGUCUGUUCACUCUCCAGUCCAGUGGGAGGCACUAAACAAAUUUGUUUAUUUGCCAAACACCAUUAAACUUCAGAGGAAGAAGUUUAGUUUCACAGCGCUCUCUGUUGUUGUUAGGGCGGGAUGCUGCCUUAAUACAAAGAGAAAAAUACAGUUUAUGAGACACAUCAGUAAAUAGGCCUACCUGUAAUAUUCUCAUCCUCACAGUCAUUAAUACGUUUUGAAGCAGGAAUAUCUGGAGGAGUAUCAUCUGAACUGAGAUAUGUUGUGAAGAUGAUGUUUGUUAAAGAAGAGAGUGAACACGAGGCACCAGAAACCUGGAGAAUAAAACCAGAGGAACAAGAAACCUGUAGAAUAAAACACGAGGACCAAGAAACCUGGAGAAGAACACACAAGGAACCAAAAACCUGGGAAUAAAACACGAGGAACCAGAAACCUGGGAAUAAAACACAAGGAACCAGAUACCUGGGAAUAAAACACGAGGAACCAGAAACCUGGGAAUGAAACACGAGGAACCAGAAACCUGGGAAUGAAACACGAGGAACCAGAAACCUGGGAAUGAAACACGAGGAACCAGAAACCUGGGAAUGAAACACGAGGAACCAGAUACCUGGGAAUAAAACACGAGGAACCAGAAACCUGGGAAUAAAACACGAGGAAUCAGAAACCUGGAAAAUAAAACGCGAGGAAUCAGAAACCCGGAAAAUAAAACGCAAGGAACCAGAAACCAGGAGAAUAAAACGCGAGGAACCAGAAACCUGAAGAAUAAAACACGAGGAACAAGAAACCUGGAGAAUAAAACACGAGGAACAAGAAACCUGGAGAAUAACAAACGAGGAACCAGAAACCUGGGAAUAAAACACGAGGAACCAGAAACCUGGGAAUAAAACACGAGGAACCAGAAACCUGGGAAUAAAACACAAGGAACCAGAAACUGUGAGAAUAAAACACGAGGAACCAGAAACCUGAAGAAAAAAAAAAUGCGAGGAACCAGAAACCUGGAGAAUAAAACGCAAGGAACCAGAAAACCGGAGAAUAAAACACGAGGAACAAGAAACCCGGAGAAUAAAACGCGAGGAACAAGAAACCCGGAGAAUAAAACGCGAGGAACAAGAAACCCGGAGAAUAAAACGCGAGGAACAAGAAACCCGGAGAAUAAAACGCGAGGAACAAGAAACCCGGAGAAUAAAACGCGAGGAACAAGAAACCCGGAGAAUAAAACGUGAGGAACCAGAAACCAGGAGAAUAAAACGCAUGGAACCAGAAACCUGGAGAAUAAAACAUGAGGAACCAGGGCCCUCUUUUACCAAUGGUGCGUACGGACAGAUUUGUGCGUAGUGAGUGCGUAAGAACAGUUUCACGCAAAGUGUGAGAAUCACCAAGUUGUACUUAUACGUAGAAAUGUGUGUAAAUAUAAGCACACCUCUGAGCAUGCUUACGCAGAUAAUCUAGUGGAGAAUAGCGACACUACACAUAAAAAGCAUUUAAGAGUGUCAUAGUAAGCAUAAAGCAAUCCACAUAUGUCCUGUGUUUCCUUUAAAACACUCAAUUUAUAAUUUGUCUAGUUUUAAACACGAUGCUUAAUUGGCGUCAAACCCUAUAAAAGACAGAUGUGAAAUAUAUUUGUCUCAGUGCAAUGGCUUAUCUUCCGUUAUUGGAAGACUUGGCAAACAAUGCACUCCGCAGAGCAUUUUCCAAGAUCGCGCUGAUCUGCUUGGCGAGAGCACAGAGUGGCUUCUAAGUAGGUAAUGCUUUCCCAAAAAUGUACUGCUGGAUUUGUAUCGUGAUUUAGGACCAGUGUUGGAGAGAGAAACAAAUCGCACGAAAGCCAUUCCCAUGCACAUCCAACUCCUGUCCACCCUUGGAUUUUUAGCUACUGUUACAUUUCAGUGUGAGGUUGGAGACAUAUGUAGUAUAUCCCAGCCAUCAGUGAGUAGGAUCAUGCCGGCAGUGUUGGAUGCAAUUAUUUCCUUGGCCCCAACCUACAUCCAGUUCCCUUAUCGAAAUCCUCAACAAGCCGCAAUUAAACGGGACUUUCAUGCCAUUGCUAGAUUCCCAAACAUAAUUGGAGCUAUAGACUGCACCCACAUCGCCAUAAAUGCACCAUCAACCAACGAAUUUAAUUAUUUAAAUAGAAAAGGGUUUCAUUCUGUUAACGUGCAAAUAAUUUGUGAUGCAAAUUUGUUGCUAUUAAACGUCGUUGCACGGUGGCCUGGAGGAACACAUGACUCGUUCGUUCUGCAGAAUAGCUCUGUGGGUGUGCGUCUCCAAGAAGGCGCUGUUGAGGAUGGCUGGCUCAUUGGUGAAUUUAAGGCUACAACAUGUUUAAAAUGCUAUUGUAGGGCUAUGUACAAUUGGUUAUAACUAUUUCAUCAUUAGGUGAUCAAGGUUACCCGCUAAAGCCAUGGCUAAUGACCCCCCUAACCAACCCGAGGACCGAGCAGGAACAGGCGUACAACCGUGCCCAUGCACGCUCAAGGAGCACAGUUGAGCGCGCAAUAAGCCUGCUGAAAGGACGAUGGCUGUCUGUCAAGCACGGGAGGGACACUGCAGUAUCAGCCAGAAAAAGCAGGCAAAAUCAUCAUGGCUUGCAGUGUGCUACACAACUUGGCCAUCAGACAGGGCAUCCCUCUGCAGGAACCCCCAAGACCAGACGGCCCUAUGCCCGAUGCAGUGCCCCUGCCACCUCCCAAUGCCGCUGGCAUUCAGACAAGACAGAGGAUCAUACAGACAUUUUAGCACCGCCUCACUCAGCACUCUUGGCACACGGCGCAUGGAAGGGGCAAUGGAUGGGCCCGGCUCCUCAAGCUCCUCAGGCACAACGAGUGUCUAAUUUAAUUGAGUUUAUCCUAUGAAUGAUUUCAUUAAACGUUUACAAAUUGAAAUAAAAUGUAUGCAAACACAAUAUCCUAUUCCAGUUGGUUUAUUUUACCUUCACUUUGGAUGUUAGAUGGCCCGGUUUGUUCUGUCGCAAGAGCAUCAGUGUCACCGUCCUUAGUAAUCCCGGACAGAGCUGUGCCUCCGAUGAUGCAGGCUAUGUGGUUGACCAAUGGGGAAAGCUCCGUUGUUGUCUGUCCUCCUCCAGUUGCGGACAUUUCUCGUCUGUGUGCUCCGACACGUUGUUUAGCUAAUACUUUAAUAUCAAACCAUUUUUUUUUUAUUUCUGGGACAGUUCUCUCCUCAGACCCAACGGAAUUAACUGCAUUGGUGACAUUCUCCCAUGCAGCAUUUUUUCUUUUAUUUGUAAUUCCUCCUGCAGUGAAUGAACUAAACAAUAUCUGUUGGUUGGAUUCAACUUCAUUUACAAGUAUCUCUA